AUGGAGAGGGUGAUUCCCCAGCCCCCAGUGCCUCAGCCCAUGGAGAAGACCCCCUUGGUGGGAGACCCAGAGCCAGCUAAGGUACCAGAGGGAGAGGUGGGUGGCCCCAGGGAUGCUGCUGGUGGCACAGGCACCGAGGAAAUGGAAAAGAAAGUGACAUUUGCAGUCCCUGAGGAGCAGGGCUCUGUGUUUGAGAGUGUGGGGAGCAGUGUGCUCUCCUGGCUCUCCCAGGGGCUGGAGAAGGUGAUGCCCCAGCCAGUCCCAACCCCAGGAAGGCUGCAGGCACUUGGGAAGAGCUUUGAGACCAGCAUCGACCUUCCUGAUCAGACAGAGGUCCAGAUCCUCAAGGAGGAGGAAGAGGAUGCUCUGGAGAUAACCCCGUUCGAUGGCGAGGAGGACGAGGCGGCCGAGGCGGAGCCCGCCCGCGAUCCCGGCCCGGAGCGGCGGUGCGUGCGAGGGGCUGCCGGGGGAGGGGGCUGCGGGACGGCCCGAGGGGACACGGCGAGGACCCCGCUGUGUCCCCGCAGGGCCGGGCUGCGGCUGCUGCACUGGCUGGCUCAGGGCUUGGAGAGGAUGCUGCCGCAGCCCGACGCGCUCCCACGGCCGCAGAGCUCAGAACUGGAAUGGGCCAUUAAUGGAACUUUAAUGAGCCUUGUCCAGAACUUCAAUGUCAAUGACACUGGGCUGAAACCAUGGAUGUUUGCCUGGUUUGUCCAGGGGCUGGAGAAGGUGAUGCCACAGCCAGUGCCCAGGGAGAAGCAGGACACACAGGGAGUGGCCACUGCAGCCUUGAGUCCUGUGGAAGAAAUUCACAUUGUCCCUGGGGAACCUGAGGAGACUGACCUCAUCCUGGAGGAGAUGGAUGGUGACUGGAGUAACGAAGCCACGUGUGAGCUGACAGCCUGGGCUCAGGAGGCUGAGCUGGUGGCAGGUGCUCAUCCCCUUCCCCCCAUCCAGGAGGAACCUCAGGAAGAAGGAAACAGGCUGUGCUUGUGCUCCGUGAGCGCUGCCGAGGAGGAGGGGGAAGAGGAAGAGGAGGAGGAGGAAGGGGAGGAAGAAGAGGAGGAGGAGGAGAAGGAGGAGAGUGCAGGAGCCCUGCUCCAGUCUCCCUGCCUCACUGCUGACGAGGGUGUGGAUGAAAUCUACUUUGCAGAGGAGGCCCUCAAGUUUGAGCAGCUAGAAGCAGCUGAGAGAAGUGAUCUCCAAGGUGCUUUUGUACAGGUGGAAGAGGAGCCAGGUGAAGCUGUUGAACCCAGUGCUGAAGGUAUAAUGCAUGGCAGCCUUCUGUCAAACCAGGAUGAGCUGAAGCAGAGCUACCGAGGCAGUGCUGCCCCCUGCCUCCCCAGCCUUGGCAGCAGCAGCCAGCCAAAAGCUGGCAUCAGCAACCCCAAUUUUUGCCACGAGGAGCAAUCCCCCUUAGGUCAUUACCCCAGUGUGGACAUCAAGGAUGUGGAUGGCAGAGGUGAUGCUGUGGAGGACAAUGGUACCCACCUCCCAGUGCCCAGCACCGGUGCUCCCAACAUGCUGGUGGUGCCCAGUGUGGCACCAGCAUCCCCCAGGAGAAAGCUGCUGGCCCCAGCAGAUGGUCUGGACAUGGGACCAAUGAACCAGUCACCGACCCAAGACCUGCCCCAGUGCAUCAGCUCAGCCACGAGCCUGAGCAUCAACCACAGGCUCCAGGAGCUGGUGAAGCUCUUCAGGGAGAGGACUGAGAAGGUGAAGGAGAAGCUGACUGACCCUGAUGCCACCUCAGAAGAGGAGAGCCCUGUGACAUCCCCUGCCAAGGCAGCACCUGCAGCAGCCCCAGUGGCCACCCCAGGAGGGGAGCUGGAGAGGGAUGAGCCCAAGGGAGAUGAGCACUACUGUGAGAUGCUGUGCUGCACUUUCAAGUGCCAGCCCUGGCUGCAUCACCUGAAAAACUACCAGUUCCCCAGCAGCAUCGACCCACUCACCAAUCUGAUGUAUGUGCUGUGGCUCUUCUUCGUUGUCAUGGCCUGGAACUGGAACUGCUGGCUCAUCCCUGUCCGCUGGGCUUUCCCCUACCAGACACCAGCAAACAUCCACUGCUGGCUCCUUGUGGAUUACCUCUGUGACCUCAUCUAUCUGCUGGACAUCCUUGUCUUUCAAACACGGCUGCAGUUUGUCCAAGGAGGAGAUAUAAUAACUGAUAAAAAGGCCAUGAAAGAGAACUACCUGCGGUCACAACGCUUCAAGAUGGACAUGAUGUGCCUCCUACCCCUGGAUUUCUUCUACUUCAAAGUCGGUGUCAACCCACUCCUGCGUUUUCCUCGCUGCCUGAAGUACAUGGCCUUCUUUGAGUUCAACAACCGGCUGGAGGCUAUCCUGAGCAAGGCAUACAUCUACAGGGUGAUUCGAACCACUGCCUAUUUACUGUACAGCCUGCACCUCAACUCCUGCCUCUAUUACUGGGCUUCUGCCUACGAAGGGCUGGGCUCAACCACCUGGGUCUAUGAUGGGGAAGGCAACAGCUACAUUCGCUGCUACUACUGGGCAGUCAAAACCCUCAUCACCAUCGGGGGCCUCCCAGACCCCAAGACCCUCUUUGAGAUCGUUUUCCAGCUGCUGAACUACUUCACUGGUGUCUUUGCUUUCUCUGUCAUGAUAGGACAGAUGAGAGACGUGGUGGGUGCUGCUACAGCAGGACAAACUUACUACAGGAGCUGCAUGGACAGUACCAUCAAAUACAUGAACUUCUACAACAUCCCCAAAGCAGUUCAGAACCGGGUGAAGACGUGGUAUGAAUACACGUGGCACUCCCAAGGGAUGCUAGAUGAGUUGGAGCUGCUGGUGCAGCUUCCAGACAAGAUGAGGCUGGACAUCGCCAUCGACGUGAACUACAACAUCGUGAGCAAAGUGGCCCUGUUCCAGGGCUGUGACAGGCAGAUGAUCUUUGACAUGCUGAAGAGACUCAGAUCAGUGGUCUACCUGCCUAACGACUACGUGUGUAAAAAGGGUGAAAUUGGGCGUGAGAUGUACAUUAUCCAGGCAGGACAAGUGCAGGUGCUGGGGGGACCUGAUGGCAAGACUGUGCUGGUGACUCUGAAAGCUGGAUCUGUGUUUGGGGAAAUCAGCUUGCUGGCAGCAGGAGGAGGGAACCGCCGCACGGCCAACGUCAUCGCUCAUGGCUUUGCCAACCUCUUCAUCUUGGACAAGAAGGACCUGAAUGAGAUCUUGGUGCAUUACCCAGAGUCUCAGAAGCUGCUUCGUAGGAAGGCCAAGAAAAUGCUGAAAGACAAUAAACCCAAAGAUGAGAAAGGAGCCCCUGGAGAGCCCCUGAUCAUCCCCCCAAGAGCUGACACCCCAAAGCUCUUCCAGGCUGCCCUGGCUGCUGCAGGGAGGGUCAGGGGCAAAGGGCCACUGGCACAGCUCCGGUGGAGGCUGAAGGAGGUGAAGUCCAUGCAGAUGAUGCAGAGUGGCAGCUUCAGCCCAAGCCCACCCAAAUCCCCAGUGCACCAGAGAUCUCCUGUCACCUCCCCCAAGGCACCUGCACCCCUGGGAGAAGAAAUCAUCUCCAAGUCCUCCGACAGCUCCGUCACCAUCCGGGUGGUUCCUGCAGAGCAGGAAGAUGAAGAAAUCCUUGCUGCUGAGAUUCUGGGCAAAGAAGAAGAAGAACAGGGAGAGAAAUGA